AUGCCCGGAGAACGGAAGAGGAUGCCUUACUACGGCUAUAGGGAAGAAGAUCCAGGCUCGGAAUCAAGUGGGGGCUGCUCGGAAUCGGAAGGGGGCAAUUCGGACUCAGAAGGGGGCUUGAGCACGGAGAGCACAAGCGGCCAGGGGCUACCGUUCCCCGGGUUCACGCCCGUAGCCCUCCGCUACCUGACCCAAGAGACGCGGCCAAGAAGCUGGUGUCUGAAGCUCAUCACAAACCCAUGGUUCGAGCGAAUAUCAAUGCUGGUGAUACUGCUGAACUGUGUGACACUGGGAAUGUAUCAACCAUGCGUCGACGACCAGUGUGUCACGAACAGAUGCAAAAUUUUACAGGUAUUUGACGACAUCAUAUUCGCGUUUUUCACGCUAGAAAUGACAAUUAAAAUGGUUGCAAUGGGCGUGUACGGCCAUGGCACUUACCUCGCUGACUCAUGGAAUAGACUAGACUUCUUCAUUGUAAUGGCGGGGGCUGUGGAAUACACGCUAAAUGUGGAAAAUAUAAAUUUCUCGGCAAUAAGGACAAUCCGAGUUCUGCGACCACUAAGGGCGAUCAACAGAAUUCCGAGCAUGCGAAUCUUGGUGAUGCUACUCUUGGACACGUUGCCUAUGCUCGGUAAUGUUCUGUUGCUCUGCUUCUUCGUAUUCUUCAUUUUCGGUAUAGUCGGCGUUCAGCUGUGGGCGGGCAUACUACGCCAGCGUUGCGAGUUGGUCUUACCACCGAACGUCCUGCGCCCAAACAUAUCGUUUCACUACGAGUUCUCCAAAGAGUUGGACUAUAUUUGCACAACACCUGGAGACAGCGGCAUGCAUCAAUGCGGUAACUUCCCACCAUAUCGCUACGGGCCUAUCGUAUGCAACGAAACCGCAAAGCCGUUCUCUUACAAUAGACCUACGAACACUUCGUGCGUAAAUUGGAACCAGUACUACACAAAUUGCACAGAAAGGGGGUCCAAUCCCUUCCAAGGCACUAUUUCCUUCGACAACAUCGGCCUGGCGUGGGUGGCCAUAUUUUUGGUCAUAUCAUUGGAGGGAUGGACGGAUAUAAUGUACUACGUACAGGAUGCUCACAGUUUCUGGGAUUGGAUUUAUUUCGUGCUCCUAAUUGUGAUUGGCUCGUUCUUCAUGAUCAACCUCUGCCUGGUCGUCAUAGCGACGCAAUUCAGUGAAACAAAGAAACGUGAAAUGGAGCGGAUGCGCGCCGAAAGAGCCCGCUUCACUUCCUCAUCGACAUUGGCGUCCUCUACCAACAACAGUGAACCAGCUACGUGCUAUGCGGAAAUCGUUAAAUACGUCGCCCACUUGUGGAGAAGAUUCAAAAGGAGGAUGGCCAAAAAAAUUAGGGUUUACCGAUACCAAAGAGCGCAGAUACGAUGGCGGCAAAGCCGAGAGACCCUUCAAUUGCCAACGAAUAAACCAAAACAACAUCACCCCUGUUGUCCACGAACCCAUCCCCAGAUUUCGCGGCAGGGGAAUGGAGGCAAGGUGGAGGCGGAGGAGGCGGGUGACGAGCCCCUCAGUAGACCUAGCCUGUUGCGCGUACCCUCGCUGUCGACCGCCGAUCUUGAGAAUGCGUCCAACUUAUCGUUACUUUCACCGCCAUCUCUCGCUAGACGACGAUCAUCGGUAAUGUUCAGCGAUACAGUAUUAUUGCACACACCGACUACCCCAUCAGCCCACCCACAUAACGUGUGCUCUUCCGAGAAAAUGACACAAACAGAGUUCGACCUGCCCGCAAGUGAUACAGCUGACGAUCGUGCAGCUGCAGGUGGCACGAUGUCUUGUCAAGAACUCCUGGCGUUAUCAGGGGCACUAUCAGCGGCUCUACCGACUGGACAGGUCGCAUUGGACUCAUUUUUCGAGGAGCUAACGAAGGGUAUCAGCAAGAGAGCGGGAGACGAAAAGUCGGACACCAAGGUUGUGGAAAUCGAAGACUUUUCAUGUUGCGCUGACUUGAUGGCUGCAGAAGCAGCGGCAAAGGAAACUAGGAAGGGCCGCCUUUGUAAUAUGUGUUCGGUCUUCUGGAAAAGAAUUUCGCAGCUUUUGUUUUUGUUCAGAAAAAACAUUAAAACUGUUGUGAAUCAUAAAUACUUCCAACAAGGUAUACUAUUGGCGAUUCUCAUCAAUACAUUAUCAAUGGGCAUUGAAUAUCACAACCAGCCAGAGGAACUAACAGUCAUUGUUGAAAUAAGUAACGUAGUCUUUUCUGCUGUUUUUGCCAUUGAAAUGGUAUUGAAAAUAAUCGCAGAAGGGCCUUUUAAAUACAUUUCUAAUGGAUUUAAUGUAUUUGAUGGCGUAAUUGUAAUUUUAAGUGCAUUCGAACUGGCACAUAGUUUCGGGAACGACAAGGAUAUGGCGGGCAGUUCUGGUCUCUCAGUUUUACGAACAUUCCGACUCUUGCGCAUUUUAAAGCUUGUAAGAUUCAUGCCAAAUCUCCGACGCCAGCUUUUCGUCAUGUUAAGAACAAUGGACAAUGUUGCCGUUUUCUUCUCAUUACUUGUUCUUUUCAUAUUUAUAUUCAGCAUCCUCGGUAUGAACCUCUUCGGGUGCAAAUUCUGCGAGAAAGAUGAAGAGGGUGAACAAGAGUGCGACAGAAAAAACUUUGAUACGCUCUUGUGGGCCUUUGUCACAGUGUUUCAGGUUCUGACACAAGAAGAUUGGAACGUUGUGUUAUUCAACGGGAUGGAAAAGACAAGUCACUGGGCGGCGUUAUAUUUUGUAGCGUUAAUGACCUUUGGGAAUUACGUUCUGUUUAACUUGCUUGUAGCGAUUUUAGUUGAAGGUUUUAGUUCCGAACGCAACGAAAGAAGGGAGCGUGAGCAACGGGAGUUAGCGAAGUCAAAAUUAUCUAGCGAAUGUUUUUCAGAACACAAUGAAAUACAAUAUGACGAAUCUAAUUCAGGGUCCCAUUCUAGCGACAGUUUUUCCCAGAACGAAAUAAAGAACUUCUGGCGGUCCGCUGAUGAUGUGAGGAAAGCAAAGGACGACGUAAAUGGUCACAAAGAGAAGGCAAUGAAGUCGAAACGAAAAUCGACAAAAUCGAGGUCUUCGGCCCAUCAUCCGACGCUAUGCAAGGAUUGUGCACAAUCAAAUAAGUGUAACCUGCAAAAGGAAUCAAAAAUGCUAGCCAAUAAUUCGGCUACAACGGAGAAUACUACUGUAGUACCAAUGAUAACACACACGGCUGCUACACCGCAAGAUUCACCGUCAACAACUUUAGAACCCGGGGCCUCUUUUAGAGACUUUAACAUGACCUUGAGCCUGGAGAGGUCAUCGAUGCUAUCAAGCCUGGAUUCCAUUGACAGGACUUCAUGCACUAGUAUACCAGGCUUACUGAAGCCUCCAAACAGCUAUACUUUAACAUUGCAUUCAGCGGCUGCACAGUUAAGAGCAGAGAAAGCUCGUCUGCCUCCAAUGACUCUAGCACCCCCGCCUUUAUCCUUGGCCCCUCCUCCCACAAGGACAACUUCCCCGGCGACCGCAUCACCUACAACGCCUAGAUCGGUGCCGUCACCAAUGCUACCCGAAAAAAAUCUUCAAAUUACUACCGCCAAAGAGGACAACUGUCUUAACGUCAGCGACAAGUCCAGUCUACUAAGCUCACAAAAGAGUCUAGCCGUGACAAGUACGACUACGAAUGGUGAGGACAAAUGUAGAGUUCAACGGGGCUACAGUUGGCGUCUAUCUCGGCCUAGCCUGCGUCGUAAGAAACAAAGAACAGGCUCUGAUUCCGACGCAGUAAUACUUAACAAUGGUCGAGACCAUGCAACUUGCAACGGAUCUAGCGUGCGCAAAAAUGAACUUCUUUUAUCCUCCUCGAUGGUAAUCAAAAAUGACACGCAAUCCGAGUUACCUAACAAUCGAGCUAAGUCUCAGCUGCCUGCUCCUAGAGUACUGGCACAACCAGCUAGAAGAGUUUCAGCACACACGGCACCGUUGCUUCCUGAUGUUUCUUGGAAGGCACCAGAAGCCGGAUUUUCAACCGAUUCAACUAUAAGGCUGGAGAGUGCCAAUACUCCACCUCAUAGGCUCUCACUCACUAACGACUACUUAACGGUGACAACAGUAACAGAAGUUAAAACAAGUAACUUAACGUCACCAUCGACCCCACUGUCACAAAUACAACCAAGAACGCCUAGGAACGAAACUGCUUCUUUAUCGACACGGUCAAAUAAUCAACCACUACCGCUUAUUAAACAAAUUAAUGAAGAGGUCACCAUUAAUAACAAUGUUUGUAUAUUUUCGUCGCGAUUUAAUAGACAUCAAUUCAGGUUUAAGGAUCUUUUUCGAUUCAUGGAACCCACGGGAUGCCUGAAAGAAAAAGAGGAUUAUUCCCUUUACAUUUUUGCUCCCGGUAACAAGAUAAGAAAAUUCUGCACAUGGAUGGUGACGAGAAGCUGGUUCGAUAACAUUGUCCUUCUAUUCAUUGCGCUCAAUUGCAUUACACUCGCAAUGGAACGACCAAACAUACCGCCAGAUUCAAAGGAAAGAGCUUUUCUUUCGAGUGCUAACUAUGUCUUCACCGGUGUUUUCGCUAUGGAAAUGCUCAUAAAGGUGGUUGCAUCUGGAAUGUUCUACGGAGCGGAAGCGUACUUCACUUCCGGAUGGAACAUCAUGGACGGUUCACUUGUUAUUAUAUCUAUUAUAGACUUACUGAUGUCCCUGGUGUCUGAAUCUAGUCCGCGAAUUUUUGGAAUUUUAAGGGUGUUUCGACUCCUGCGAUCAUUAAGACCGCUAAGAGUAAUAAAUAGAGCACCGGGUCUAAAGUUAGUCGUUCAAACGUUGCUCUCUUCAUUACGGCCCAUUGGAAAUAUUGUUUUGAUCUGUUGCACGUUUUUCAUCAUUUUUGGCAUUUUGGGAGUGCAGCUUUUUAAAGGCGCUUUCUUUUACUGCGAAGGUGCCAACAUUAAAAACGUAAAAAACAAGUCAGAUUGCUUGGCAAUCGAAGGAAACGUGUGGGUUAAUCGAAAGUAUAAUUUCGAUGAUCUUGGGAAAGCUUUAAUGUCGCUAUUCGUGUUAAGCUCGAGAGACGGCUGGGUUAACAUAAUGUACACUGGUUUGGACGCUGUUGGAGUCGAUCAGCAGCCGAUAGUUAAUUAUUCCGAGUGGCGGUUGCUUUAUUUCAUAGCAUUUAUACUUCUCGUGGGGUUCUUUGUACUUAACAUGUUCGUGGGAGUAGUAGUCGAAAAUUUUCACCGAUGUCGUGAAGAGCAAGAAAAAGAGGAAAGAGUAAGAAGAGCGGCAAAACGAGCGCUUCAAAUGGAGAAAAAAAGAAGAAAGAUGCAUCAAAGACCUUACUACUCUGACUACGGCCAAACAAGGCUCUUUGUGCAUAACGUCGUAACGUCGAAGUAUUUCGAUUUAGCCAUUGCCGGUGUUAUAGGCUUAAAUGUAGUGACAAUGGCAAUUGAAUAUUACAGAAUGCCCCCCGCUUUAGAAUAUGCGCUGAAAAUUUUCAAUUACUUCUUCACUGCUGUCUUUAUUCUAGAAGCAGCGAUGAAGCUGGUAGCUUUGGGUAUAAGAGCGUUAUUGGAUACGGUGAUGCAGGCGUUACCACAAGUUGGCAACUUGGGGCUCCUCUUUUUUCUGUUAUUUUUCAUAUUCGCCGCAUUGGGGGUUGAGUUAUUCGGUCGGCUUGAAUGCUCCGAUGAAAUACCAUGUCAAGGACUUGGAGAGCAUGCCCACUUCGCCAACUUCGGAAUGGCGUUUUUGACAUUGUUUCGGGUUGCAACCGGGAUAACUGGAACGGGAUUA